GUUAUAAAUAUGUUAUCAUGUUCAUGGUCACAAUCCAAGCGUCUUUAUUGCAUGAUUUUCGUAGCGAAGCCAUUUUCUAGAUCCGGUUUAUUGCUUGUUACAAAGUGGAAUUAACGGCCGUGCUUGUCGACCAGGUCAAAAGUGUAACCAUUAAUUUUGCUUCUUCUUUGAUCUUAUGACAUCGUACAUAAAUGGAUGACUGGCGCAUAUUAGCUGUAUAUAAAGGAAAAAGUAAGACCUAAAAUGACUACGAAGUCACAUGAUUAUGACGAUACUCAUCUGUGCCUGCUGACACCCUAUUAAAGAUUCCAUCAAGAUAAAUUUAUGUUCAUGCACAUCGGAGUACCUGAAGCGUACAUCCCAUGUGAUAUCUUCAAAGAGUUCAAGUCGGCAAUUCUACACAAGAACGUAAAUAUUCAUAUCCCGGGCAAUAUCAUUACUGACAGGCGUACAGGUGGACAAGUCGAAGGCUUAUACUAAGCGAUCGAACCAUCGAUCAUCCAUCAUAAUGGCGGAUUUCAAUUCUGUUUCUUCUGGAACAGCUGAAGGAAUAUGGUAUCACAACAUUACUCUUUGCAAUGUUACAUUCUUCGUUGAAAAAGGCGACUUCAUUCUUCAAGACUACCCUACCCGUGUCGUCUUAGCUUUCAUAGUUCUUCUCAUCUUCCUCAUCGGCACCCUUGGCAAUCUCUUCGUCGUCGCCGCCGUCGUCCUCUGCAGGCGUCUUCAGAACAAGACAAAUGUUUUCGUCGUCAAUCUGGCUGUUGCAGAUUUCUUAACUGCUAUGUUCCUUCCUGUUCAUGCUUCCACACUCCUAAGUAAAUCAAGUUGUUACAUCCCUGAUCUGCUCUGUCAGUUUGUAGCAGCGGCCACAAUGACCACCCUUGGUUGUAGUAUAGUAACCCUGGCAAUGGUGGCUUUCUAUCGCUUCACCGUCCUAUACACCGUCUUACAGCCAACACCAAAAUUCACCAACACAUUCAGCAGCCGUAAUGUUGCGCUAAUGGUUGCAUUCGCUUGGCUUUAUCCGAUUAUUCUCAUGUUCAUUAUACUUCCGUUUGACGUUGGAUCUCUUGGUUAUGCCAUCCAGUAUAAAGUAUGUGCGCAAAAUACAGCCAGUCAUGACUCGGACUAUCUAACCCUGAUAGUUUGUCUCCUCGUUCAGAUUCCAGCCUUCGUCGUCAUCAUCGUCUGCUACUUCUAUAUUUUUAAAAUGUUCAGUCGUCACCAAAGAGAAAUGAACGCCAUGAUGGCGCCCUCUCCCUACAGGCAAUCCUCUACCUUGUCAAACAGGGAAAGUAAUAUUACAAUCAUAGAGGACAUACCGAUUGAAGAUCCGCAAGUGGCUAGUAACGGGAACAUCAACAUAGGUUUCGAUGAUUGCGACGGUACGAAAGCGGCGCCCCCUGACGAUCUAGAAGUCUUAGCCGAACGUUUUGACGCAGAAGAGCUUCCUGAAGACAAUCAAGAUGUUAUGAAAAACGAAGAGCAUUCUCCCAAAUCUCUAGAAUUGUCGAGCGUGAAUCGCAGUAAGACCACUGGAUCAUCGACCAGCUCGGUUCAAAGAAGAGCUAAGCUAAACACUGUCGACACUCUAGCCAGAGAACAGGAGAUUAUUCGCUUCAGGCAACAACGUCAGAUAACCAUCAAUCUUUUCAUCGUUGUCUGUGUCUAUACCAUUUGUGUGAUGCCAUCAGCCAUCAUCUUCCCUAUACCAUCCACGGGUCCAGCUAUUCCUUGGCUUACUAUUCUCAUUCUGCUCAACUCUUGUGUCAAUCCAAUCAUAUAUGCACUGAGGCAUCCCACCUUUAGCGAAGUUUUGAAAUGCAUGGUGAGAUGUAGGUACAGAGAAAUUCCUGAACCGUCAUCCUUCCUGAGAUCGUUUUCUAACUAGCCACCAAGAUACUGCAUGACAUUAUACAAAAGGCAAAUUAUCCAAUCGACUGUUCAUUAUGCUUUGACCAGUUUCCCAGAAAAUGUUUCGUAUAAUAUAUCUGCUGUUAAAUUAAAACUAGGUUCGACAAUUCUGAAUGUAACUAAAACAGUCAAAUUUCUAGUUAGAAUUUUAGAUGAUAAAUUAACUUUUACUAAUCAUCGUUUACAUAUUUUGUAACAAAAUAUCCAAAAGUGUAGGAAUACUGUGUAAAUUGAAAUCCAUAUUACCUGAAAAGAAUUUAAUUAUGCUAUAUACAAAUAUAACUCUUUGAUUCUACCUUAUAUUAAAUAUUGCAACAUAACAUGGGCCAGUGUUGGAAUAACUAAAUUGGAUUGUAUCCACAAACUCCAGAAAAAAGCACUACGCAUUUGCACCAAUUCUCCAUAUCUGACACCAUCAGGGCCAUUAUUUUUUAGAUUAAAAACAAUGACAGUCUACGAUAUUCAUAAAUUUAAGAUUGCUACACUUAUGCACGCAGUUAGAUAUAGAUAUGCUCCUAUUAAUAUCAUCAAUCUUUUUCAAUAUAACUACGACUUUCACCGAUACAAUACUCGCUCUGCUAAUAGCUUUCAUUACCCUAAAACAGCUUCAACCUUAAUUCUGAACUCUUUUAAAUUUACCGGACCACGAAUCUGGAAUGAUCUCAAUGUAUGCCUUUUUUCAUGUUCAACUGUUUCUUCGUUUAAAUGCAAACUCAAAAAGAUAAUUAUUAGUAACUAUUUCUAAUUCGAAUUCAAACUCAGUUGGUAGAGUGUCCGUCUCACAACCGGGAGGUCGGGGGUUCAAACCCCGGCCGCGUCAGACCAAAAGACGUUAAUAGAUGGGAGUUGCUGCUACCCUGUUUGGCGUUCAACGAUUAAAGGGAUAGAACCUCGUCGAUCUGGCGCUGCACAGGGGCUGCCGGGCCCACGAUCAAUUGGGCAAAGCAAAUUUUCGGAGUAUUUCAUUUCAUUUCUAUUUCGAACAAUAAAAUAUGGAUUUUCAUAAUUUUCAUUUUUUUUCAUUUUAAGUCGGAAAGGAGGAAACGGUUAGCAAGGGGUUUGACUCGAAAGGAUGUGAAUAUAUAGUUAGCCUUCUCUAUCAGUUGUUUUAUGGAAACUAUUAUCAUUCAUAUUUUGUUUCAUUUUAAAUAAAAUUCUAACAAAAAAAGUAAAAGUUUCACGACCAAGAAAAAAUAGAGAAAACGAAAGAGUGAAAUAUCAUAUUAUUUUACAUAUAAUCUAUGUCACAAUAUAUCAAACAUAAGAAUUUGCAUUUAAAAUGUGAAUAUUCUUUCUCACUCGCUCUUAUCUGUUCAGAACUUUUCCUCUUUAUGCCAUUAUAUGACCCCUCAUUUUUUCUGGGGGGGGGGGGGGGCUCCUGUAGAAGGAAGCUGAGUAAUCAUAGAUAACUUAGAUAAGUUAAUUCAAAUAAAUAUAGCAAUAGCAAACCAAAAAAAUUAAGCAAAACAUUAAGCAUUUCAUGAGAAUUGAAUGCUUAAUAGAAAUAUAUUUUAGUUUCACAAUUCACAUUCGCUUGAAAAGAUGCCACUCAAUUACUAUAUCUUUUGAAUGUUAACUUUGAGAUAAAGCCGUUGAAAAAAUGUUAAGAUCGAAAAGGCAGUUUUCUAAUAGUUUUUUGUCAUCUUGUAUGUUUUCAAUAUUCUUGAGUUGCAAACAUAUAUGAGUACUUGGUUAGGGUGUGAUUGUUUCCAAAUCGUGCCAUUUUCUAUUUCUAUAAAUGUUACGACACUUGUUUUUCAUAUUAUUUAAACAAUGCACGUUAUUUUUUUAUAUUAUUCGUGAUACUACAUUUUCUGAGAAAUAUAGGGUCAUAUCAGUAAAGUAUCGAUAUUGUUCAGUUAAACAUUACAAUUUAUGGCAAGCUAUGUAUGUACAACCUCUCUCAAGUUUGUACUCCUGGACGAUUUUUAAUGACUUUUGUGUUUCACUUUUUUUUUCUUUUUAGUCAUUGGACUCCUGUAUUUUUUAUUUAUUUUUUCUCUUUUGUAAUUAAACUUUUUUUUCUUUUAAUGUUUUGAGACUAUUUGUAUUUAAUGUUAUGUGUAGAUUGUAACCUUGUAGUAAAGACAAACAUUAUUACAUGUUCAUUUUGUAGAGACUUUAACAAUGGCAUUCACAUUCACUCAUGUGACAUUCAUAAUACAUGCCAAUGUCCUUUUCCUAGAUGUAUUCAUUCUGUUUUUCCUUAUUUUGAGAUAAAUGAUGAUGAAUUUAUUAAUAUGCAUCAUUAUGACAACAAUCAUCUUUAUAGUAAUCAAGAUUUGAAUAAAUUGUAUACUACUUUUAAUG